UUCCGUCUCACUCGAAGAGAAGAUAAUCAUGCCUGAACCCGCCAAGUCCGCCCCGAAGAAGGGAUCGAAGAAAGCCGUGACCAAGACGGCCGGCAAGGGAGGAAAGAAGCGCAGAAAGACCAGGAAGGAGAGCUACGCCAUCUACGUGUACAAGGUGCUGAAGCAGGUCCACCCCGACACCGGCAUUUCGUCCAAGGCGAUGGGCAUCAUGAACUCGUUCGUCAACGACAUCUUCGAGCGCAUCGCCGGGGAGUCGUCCCGUCUGGCUCAUUACAACAAACGCUCCACCAUCACGUCCAGGGAGAUCCAGACCGCCGUGCGCCUGCUUCUUCCCGGCGAGCUGGCCAAGCACGCCGUGUCCGAGGGCACCAAGGCCGUCACCAAGUACACCAGCUCCAAGUAAGAAGCGACGAAGGCUUCAUCAAACCCAACGGCUCUUUUCAGAGCCACC